UUAAUCUUUUCCAAAUUUCUCUCUACACAAUAUAUAGUUUUCACUUUGCAUGUUGUUUGAUUUGGCCAGUAGUGAUUUAUCCGUUCGAAUUGGAUUAAAACCCGAGGGUACGUACAGUACAACAUGAACCGUAGUUGGAUCACAAUCCUAUCUCUGUUGGUAAAUUCUCAGCUGGCUUCGUCGAAAGUUUUGUUGAUCGGGAAAAACACAAUUCUCUCCUUUGAUGAUGUCGAAGCAAGUUUCACUCCCAUUAUUGGAAGUUCGGUGGAAUGCGGAUUGUUGUACGCUGCAGAGCCUAUUGAUGCGUGCUCCGAUUUAACGAACACAGCUGAAAAAGGAUCUAAGUUUAGGCCCUCUUAUGUAUUGAUUGUCGGUGGUGGCUGUAGUUUUGAGGAAAAAAUUAGAAAGGCGCAGGAAGCUGGAUACAAAGCUGCUAUUGUCUAUAACGAUGCAUACGAUGAGCUCUUAGUACAUAUGGGAGGAAAUUCAUCUGGUGUGCAUAUACACGGCGUGCUUGUUACAAGAGCGUCAGGAGAAGUACUCAAAGUGUACGCAGGUCGAAGCGAGAUGGAGCUUUGGCUCAUCCCGGAGUUCGGGACUUCAUCAUGGUCAAUCAUGGCUGUCACUUUCAUAUCUUUGUUCAUCGUGUCUGUUUUUCUCGCCACUUUUUUCUUUGUCCGUAGGCGUCUGCAUGUGACGUCUUUAUCCCGUGGCGGCGGCCUAGGAUUUUCUCGCAUACCUUGUAGUUCAGUACAACGGAUACCGACUGAAGUGUUUUCAGGUGUUUUUGAAUUUGGUUCGACUUCGAUUACUUGUGCUAUAUGCAUUGAUGAUUAUUGCCUUGGCGACAAACUCAGGAUCCUACCUUGCCAACACAAAUUCCAUGCUUUGUGUAUCGAUUCUUGGCUCGGUCAUUGGAGAUCGUAUUGUCCGGUUUGUAAACAUGAUGCAAGAGUAGCAAAGGGUGAUCCACCCGCAUCAGAACAGACACCUCUACUUUCGCCUAGCCUGAGCAUCAGACAAGAGCCUCUCUCUCGUUCCACUGCACCGCAUCCACACACAGUUCCUAUGUGCCCCACACAAUAUCUCAGGAACGCCUUUUCCAAAAGAUUUACAAAUAUAAUAACAAGCCCGGUCAAUACACCACCAAGCUAGGUUUGGUCGUCAAGAUUGCUU